UAACAGUCGCAAAAAAAACGAAGAGAAAGAAGAAGAAGAAAGAAACAAAAACAAUGGAGUCUCCCAAAUCAAACAACAUGGAUGAUGGCAGCUACCAAAACAUCUUCGUGAUGCGUCACGGUGAUCGAAUCGACAAUUUCGAGCCACUCUGGGUUUCAACAGCCGAGAGACCUUGGGAUCCUCCUCUCGUUCAAGACGGUAUGAUCCGAGCGUUUCGUACCGGUCAAAGGAUCCGAUCUCAGAUCGCGUUUCCGAUUCACCGCGUCUUCGUCUCCCCUUUUCUCCGAUGCGUCCAGACUGCUUCCGAAGUCGUCUCUGCUCUCUCUGCCGUCAAUGUCGAUCCAAACGCCAUGUCUUCCCCAGACGUCCCUUCCAUUGAUACAUCUAAGCUCAAGGUUUCUAUUGAGCUAGGUUUGUGUGAGAUGCUGAACGCAGUGGCUAUUAGGCGUGAGUUUGCUCCUAAAGAUGGAAACUUUGACUUUAGUAUUUCAGAUCUUGAAGCUAUGUUUCCUGAGGGAAUGGUUGAUCGUAAUGUGGAUAUGGUUUAUAAAGAGUUGCCAAAAUGGGAAGAGUCUGUUGAAGGCUGCAGAGAUCGAUAUGUUAAAGUUGUAAAAGCUCUUGCUGAUAAGUAUCCUUCAGAGAAUUUGCUCUUAGUCACUCACGGGGAAGGAGUUGGAACUACAUUUUCAACGUUCUAUAAAGAUACAACUGUGUAUGAAGUAGACUACUGUGCUUAUGUUGAAUUGAGAAGAGAGGUUUCAAGUAAAGAUGGGUCUGCUAAAGCUGGGGAGUAUGAGGUGGUUUUGAGUCAUGGUAAAGCUGGAAUCAGGUUCAGUCAUGAUCCUGCCCAGUCAUGAAGCCAAUCACCGGUUUAGUCAUCAAUUUGUCUUCAGUGUCCUCUGUUUCUGUACUUUUGAUUGUAUUUGAACUGCUUUUGUAUGAAUUAUGUUUCAAAGUUUUCAUUCAAUCGAAUAAGAUUUUAUACU